UUGUUCCUCCUCGCGGCCCCUUUGGUCCUCGGCCAGUCAGAUAUUGCUCUUUCGCAGGAUAUCCAGAAUGUCCUCGCUGUUAGCAACAGCUCCCUAUAUACUUAUCCUACGGAUCUGACUCAGGGUAUCAUGCCCAAGGUAAUAAUUCAUGAAGUUCACAACGACUACUGGAGAGCUAAGCCAUUCUGGACUGCACUUUCCAAUGGUGUAAUUUCAGUUGAGGCUGAUGUGUGGUUAUACAAUGAGACGCUCUAUGAAUCUGCACUCACUCACUCUCGCACAUUCGAUUCCCUCUACAUCCAGCCCAUCCUCUCUGUUCUGAAGAAGGAGAACCCUAGCUCUCCUUUUGUGACUGCCCCCACUCAUAAUGGUGUUUUCGAUACAUCCUCCGGCCAGACUCUGUACUUGUGGGUUGAUGUCAAGACCAACGGCAACACCACCUGGCCUUACGUUGUCAAAGCUCUCGAGCCUCUCCGUGAGGGCGGCUGGCUCACCAAGUACAACGGCUCUGCCAUCACCAAUGGAACCGUCACUGUCAUUGGGACUGGAAACACUCNNCCCCUCAACCAGAUUCAAAACCAGACCAACCGUGACUACUUCUUCGAUGGACCUUUGGCUACUUUGAACGCUACUGCCAACUCCAACAUCACUCAAUUCAUUUCUCCCAUUGCCAGCACUAGCUUCCUACAAUCGUUCGGAUGGCCAAAGGACGGCAAGCUCAACGACACCAUGUUGGCCAAGUUGCGUGGUCAGAUUUCGAGCGCAAGUGCCAGAGGUAUUGGCACCAGAUACUGGGACAGAAACGCUAUCUGGCGUCUACUCUGGGACGAAGGUGCUACACUCAUCAACGCCGAUGACCUUGUUGGAUGCGCGAACUUCUGGGAGGGCGAUUAC